CGUUUAUUUUUUAUCAUGCAGUUCCUAUUUAGGACUUCAUAAUGUAUUCUAUGAAAGACCUGCUGUCAUGGUGGGAAGUACCUGCAAUUGCUCAUUUCUUUUCUUUGUUUAAAAGCUGUUUUUCUCUUACCGACUUCACAAUUGAGGAAUUAGAAGAAGCGCUACUCACAGAUGGGGAAAAUGAUGCUUCUACCGCAUUCACAUCCAAACUCUUAAUGGAGCUUUUACAAGGAUGCUACAACAACUCAAACAUAAGUGUUACAAACUACCAUGAGACAUUGAUUGACAUAAUGAAGAGAAGAUGGGAGAUCGAGGACGGACGAGUCAAUCCAUUAUCUUCAAUAUAUUCCGACUUUCACAGUUUACCAACUCAACUUAAAGUACAAAUCAUUCACAGACUCACUGAGUAUAGACUGGACGCACAGGAUGUUGACGAAAAGUUGUCAGGUCUCAAUCCAUCUGACCUGCGAUUAGAACCACUUGGUUCCGACAGAAAUGGAUCAAAAUAUUGGUAUUUUUUCGGUGUCAGAUUAUACAAGGAAACCCCACCUUUGCACAAAUCUGGGAAACGAAGAAAUGGUUCAAGUCCUUCUGUGAAAAGAAGCAAAUCUAAUGAUCCUUUCUGGGGAUUUCCUAAGAAACAUCUCGUCGGGAAGAAGAAACAUAAGAAGAAGGGAUGGAAGAAGAAGAAACGAGAGGCGGGAGAAGAUUAUGAAUAUUUCAGUAGUGACCGUUUAUCUGAUAGCAAAUGGGAAGUAGUGUGUUAUAAUGUGAAUGACUGGAAGCAACUUGCCAAGAAAAUGGUGGCCGGCAUCUCAGAGAAAGAAGAGGCACUCCAUCAACUUAUAACUGAGAACUUUCUUCCAAAUCUUCCGAAGAUAGUGGAAGACAUGGAAAAUCAGAAACUUCAGAAACUGCAGGCAGAACCACGAAGGUCUUCUUGUCGACUUUUGGCAAAGAAACUGUAUGAGGAAGAUGGGGGGAUAGAAUUGAAGAGAGAAGAGCAAGAGAACGUUCGACGAAAAGAAGAAGAGAAGAGGUUGGAGAUUGGAUUUGAAAAGAUGUUGAGAGUCGAACUUGAUCGAAGAAAACGUGAAGCUUACUCUCGGUGGAGAAAAGAACAAGAAGAACAAAGAAGACAGAGGUUGGAAGAUGGACUUCUCCUUGAUGAUGAUUCCAGCAGUGGAAGUGAGAGCAACACCGAUCCAGUGAGUCCUCCACAAAGAUCCCAAUUGAAACGAGAAUCUUCAUCAAACCAGCUGCAUCAACGCAAAGAUUCUGGGGUCAAAAUGACGAAAAAUGCUGUUUCAAAAAAAACCAAAUCUACAGUUUCUACUGAAAACAAAAUUAAACAAAAGCUUCAAAGUGAAACUUCUGCCAGUCCUCAUCCAGAUAUAAGUGACCAUGAGUAUGCUGUUAUGCAAAAGACAUGGGAGGUGCUAGACAACAACCCAGAAGCUUGGCCAUUCCAAACUCCAGUAGAAGAAUCAUAUGCUCCUGGUUACCAUAGUGUUAUCAAGAGGCCAAUGGAUCUGUCCACAAUUGAAGAUAAACUAAAGCAGCAGAAAUACAGCUCAGUUAAAGAUUUCAAAGAAGACAUCACUCUCAUGUUUAACAAUUGUCGGCUUUACAAUGGCCCCGACAGUGAAUACACUGAGGUGGCAAACCAAUUGGAUGAAUUGUUUCAAACAACGCUCAGUAAGAAUCUUGGGGAAAAACAAACAUCUGUGAAAAGUACAACUAAACAAAAAACUGCCCCAUCACGGAAAAAGAGUCCAAGUCCGGAUGUUGCUCUAGAAGAUGAAGAAGAGGAGGAACGUUCGGAUGAUAAUUCUUCCUCAGAUGAAUUUACUCCUUCAUGGGUGUCGAAGACACAAGCAAAGAAGAUGCGACUCGCAUCCAAAUCCAAGGAUUUAUCGAAAGGAAAAGAGAGCAAGGGAAGAGGAAGAGGGAGAUCACUGUCGAGAAGUUCUCUCAAAGAGUCCUCUGCUCCUACUCCUCCUAAACCAAAGAACAUCCGAAAGAAACCACCUCCGAAGAGAAAGCUGAGAGGAGCAACUACGAAGUGGACGACCAAGGAUGAGAGUGAUAACUCCGAUCAUGAUGCGGAGAGUGACUCUGGAAACUCGGAUGCGAGGAACAAUGGGAAUGUGGAGAAGGAAGCAGCUACGAGGGGAAGGGGGAAGUACAGAAGAGCGUCAAAGACCAAACUCCGCUCAAAAAAUCAUGAUUCCGAUUCUUCUGAACCAAGUUCUGUUUCUGUUAAUGGAAAAAAAGUUGUACCGGAAGUGGAAACAGCAGUUGAAAGCAAUGAUAGACUUACUGGUAAUGAGAACGUUGCUUCACCUCUUAAAUCCCCAUUGAGUAAAGAUUCAGAUAAAAAUUCGGAGUUAAAUGUGAAGUCCUCUUCCGCUGACCCCUCAGAGAAGAUUACUGAGUCAAAUCCUGCAGAUGUUGAUUCUUCUUCCUCAUCUUCAAGAGGUUCCUCUCGAUCUCAAUCUCUAGAGAAGUUUGAAAAAUUGGAAGAAGAUGCCAAAUCUAAACCUCAAGUGAUGUGGUCACUUGAUUACUUAGCGUCCCAGGCUCGUGUGCUGGAAGAACAAUGCAAAAAAACUGAGUCCAGUUCAGUAAACGGCCGGCAACAGCCAGUUGUCACUAAUUUCACGCACUUCUUACCAGAUAAGAAACUGGACAUAAAGGACAAAUCAAGUAUAUUUUCUGCACCGAAGUUUACCCCAGAAAGCAACCUGAAAUUUGUGCAAUCAAUAUCAGAUAAAGAGAGAAGUCAAAAGUUGGGGAAAAGAAAAAGGAAAGAAGAGUCUGAUGUCUACUCGUUUAAAGACGAAAACAGUCCGGAUCCUGUGUUCAGCCGGCUCGGUGCCGCAAACGAAAACCCGGCACAAAUCAAAGCUACCACCCCUUCCCCAAAGCAGAGCCCAACCACAGUUGUCCAACGUCAAAAUACGGAAACAGAUUCAACCCAAAAGAUUACAAAAUCUCCAGCCACGCCUGUAAAUCCUACUCCUAAAGCAACAGAAUCGACCACCCAAAGUUCCGCCACACAUGCAGGGAAAACUAACCCCUCUACAUAUGCCCAGUCUCAUUCAUCUUAUUACACCACCUCUCACAAUACAUUGGUGUCUUCCCCAGCUUUAACAACAACCAGUUGCAAGCCAGUGAAUGCUUACACCACCACUAUAUCCCAGGCACCCCCUGCAACUGGUUAUUCCCACCAUGUACCAGCGGUACCUACAACCAUACCAGGUGGCCGUACAACACAGCAAAACCACCGGCCACCUUUGGAAGACCGAUCACGGUCCCAAACAGAGCGCGACAACCCCUACUUAGCGAGAAAGGCAUCUCAGGACGUUUACCAAGAUGCAAAGAUGUCUUCAUCACCAAACCAAAUUACUCGCCGGCCAAGUUUACCCGCUCAAUCGGAGAAGCAUAACACAUGCCCAAUUCCUGCAGUAGUUCAUGCAAACAACAAUACCCAUAAAAUUACUCCAAACCAAACCUCAAACGAACCAAAUCAUCCGUCCAUGUCAUAUAAACACCCAACGAGUGUGAACCAAACUGUUGACAUAAACAAUCGACGGCAUUCGUUAUCAAACUACUCACAGCCUGAUAAUAGUCCAACAAUUCACACUAAACCUUACAAUAAAUCCCCUCCCGACUGCCCUGCCACUCAACCCGAGAAAAAAUCCUAUUCUCAACCCCCCCAAUACUCUAGCAGUAACACCAUGUCCGCACAACAGGGGGGUCAGAAAGUCGGGGCUACGAGCCAAAAAUCGUACCCCAUAAACACCCCUACAAACACCCGUGCCUCCCAUGAGCCCCAACACCCCCCACCCCCUAAACAACCCACAAAACAACACUCCCAAAACCCCCCAACCCCAGAUAACAGUGUAAGAUUGCAAAAACCGCCGUCGAAAAAUGACACCCAACAGGGUAGAAUGCAAUCUUAUGAACAAGCCACCCCUGCCAUGCACAGAUCCAGUCAAUAUCAUGAUCAACAGAACUUCUACCCUCAAGAAAAACAAGUCUCUGCUGAGAGAUCUGGUGGUGGCUACUAUAGAAACUCAGCUAGUCACUACCAAGAAGACAACCACGCUGUAGCAGCCGCAGCAACCAUGUUGUUUCAAAACCCCACCAUGGCAAACCUGGGGCUUCCACCUUGGUCAUUAUCUCAAACACAAACCAGUCAUAACCGGUCUCAACCGAGCUCUACCAGCACCACUGCCAAGUCAAGUGCCAUGACAGGUGCCUCCCACCAUGAGAGUGGUAACCACCGGCAACCGCAUCACUCCACACAGAUCUGUCAAUCUUCCUCCGUUUCCACCUCAAGUCACGCACAGUCCAAUCGUCAUUCAUCUAACGCUCACCGAAUGAGCAACAAGUCACGGCACCAGUCCACGACCUCCGACACCGUUGGCUCCACGGCUGCUAACACUGUCAAGUACCGUGCCACCACUGCCCACACCAAUAAUAACCACUGUCCACCAGCAAGCGUGGCAACUGCCAGUCAAUCUGGUUCAAAUACAACUAGACAUGAUACAGCUACAAAUGAACAUUUCCAGCAGCAUAAGAGUUAUGGGGACUACAGAAGUUACCGUAUUCCCCCAACUCCCGCACCCACCCCACUGAGUCGUGAAUCCCACACCCCUGGCUACUCUCCUCAGCAACAUAAUGGCUUGCUCUCAGCUACUGCAGGGCCCACCAACAACACCUCCCUGCUACACCAGGAUCUCACAGCUUCUGCUACAUUAAGAGCGUUGCAACAACAACAUAAAGGUGACCGUCCUUCCCCACACGCAGCGGCAAGCAUGUUACAUUACGCAGCUGCAGUACAACAGUCUCAAGGUGCCGUUGCCGCUGCCAACGAACAAUAUAAUCGUCUUGCUGCAUCAGGUAAUAACUUAUGUGAAAAUACAGGCUCCGUUGCUCAGUGGCGCCAUCAUUGUAAGUAAAGGACUACAACUUUGCUAUCAAUACACAGCC